GUCCCCGAACGUGUGUAUGCAGGGCUGGGGGGUGGGUGCUAAGGACUCGGGGCGGAGGGCUCAGGCUGGCCCUGAGGCACUGGCCUUGUCCCAGGGGCUGCUGCUGUUGCUGCUGCUGAGCGUGGCCGGGGUGUGGGCACCCAGGGGGCCACUGCGGCCGCUGUGCCGGCCCAUCAACGCCACCCUGGCCGCUGAGAACGAGGCCUGCCCUGUCUGCAUCACCUUCACCACCAGUAUCUGUGCCGGCUACUGCCCCAGCAUGGUUCGGGUGCUGCCGGCUGCCCUGCCGCCUGUGCCCCAGCCAGUGUGCACCUACCGCGAGCUGCGCUUUGCCUCCAUCCGGCUCCCCGGCUGCCCACCUGGUGUGGACCCAAUGGUCUCCUUUCCCGUGGCCCUCAGCUGUCACUGCGGGCCCUGCCGCCUCAGCAGCUCUGACUGUGGGGGUCCCAGAGCCCAGCCCUUGGCCUGUGACCGCUCCCCUCGCCCAGGCCUCCUCUUCCUCUAAGGAUCCCCACCUCAACCUCUCAUGCCCACCUCAACCUCCCAUGCCCACCCCAACUCCUGGAGCCAGCAGACGCUCCUCCC